AUGGUGAGUGUCAGUGUACGCCUUGUGAUUGGUCUUACUAUUUUGCAAACUGCCGCACCACAGUGUGAAAAAGAUAGGGCGAAAAUCAAUGUACGGGAAUGUGGAGUGCGCAAUACAUCCACUGGCUGGCCAUUUCACGUGGGCCUCUAUCGGAGGGAAAACAAUGAAAGUUUUUACUUCUGUGGAGGUACGAUCGUAACUACCCGACACGUGAUCGGUUCCGCGCACUGUGUGAAACCGUAUGGCAGUGAGGUGAUUUCGGUGCGUUACGGUGUUACCGAUUUAACGCACCAGGACGCGGCCAACUACUGUCGCGUCGACUCCCUUAUCAUUCAUCCCAAUUAUCGAGCACCGGAUUUUAAUGACGAUAUAGCAUUACUGAAGCUGCAGGAUGCAAUUCCGUUUGGGACGCUAGCGCGUCCAAUCUGUCUCUGGCCGGAAGAAACGGCACAGGACGGCGAAGAGGAUCUAGAGGGCACACCAGGGACCAGUGUUGGGUGGGGCAUUGGAGUGCACAACGUUUACACCAGUGUGCUUCAAAGUGCCAUAACUGUGGUACAGCGACGAAGUCGCUGCAUGGAAAUUUUCGCCAGCAAGCUAUUCGAGCACAACGAGUUCUUUUGUGCUGUAACGCCAGUGUGCAGUGGUAGUGGUGGUAGCGGGUUCUACGUUGAGCGGGAGAAUCGAUUCUAUCUGCGAGGAAUGACCACGUUCGGUAUCGCACCGAAAGGCUACUAUCAGUGUGGAGUCAACACGAUGACAGGGUUGCUUAAUGUUGCAAAGUAUACCGGCUGGAUAAGGCAAGUUACGGACAAGUUUGAGUUGCGUCAUUCAUCGCCGAAAACGAGCGAGAUUUCAGACGGAGAAUCGGAAAAUCGGAACCAAAACCCCGAUCCUACCACCACUUGA